AUGAAUCAAUCAAAGCGACAGUUAACUAUUAAUGGAUCAAAUAAAAAAGUUCGGAUAUCAAAACAUGGCACUCAUAUUGAAGAUUUAUCUAAUGAACUUAUCAUAGAAGUGUUCGAUUAUCUUGAUGGAUGUGAUCUAUACAAAGCAUUUUCAAAACUCAAUAAACGAUUUCAAGACAUACUUUCCUGUCCAUAUAUUCGUCCUAAGAUUAAUAUUGUCAAUAGUUCAAAACGAGACAUUUUAUUUGAUUAUACAAAGAUCAUUCUCCCAAAUAAACAUCAAAUUGUCUCAAUUUGUAUACUAAAUCCAUUGGCUAUUGAUCUUUUUUCUCAAACAAUGAAAUUCGAUUUAUCCUUUCAUCGUCUCGAAUCUGUUGUUCUUUAUGGAUUAAAAGCAAGUGAUCUUGUAGCACUCCUAUUAACUUUAAUUUCAAUUCCACAACUCAGCUUAUUGAUAAUUACUCUAACCGAUAUUAAUAUAAAGGAUUUCAGCAAUGCAUAUCGACUAAUUUUUAGUUUACCAGCACUGAAAUACAAUAAACUUCACUUUAUAGGACCGACACCAUCGCUUUAUUUAACAAAUAUUAAUAUUCGACCUAGUACCAUUACUCAUUUAAAUAUCGAUCAUGCAUGUUAUCUUAAUGAUGUUGUUCAUAUGCUUUCGUAUACACCAUAUCUUCGCCGUAUUGUUUUUGGAAAAUUAAUGCAAUCAUAUCGAAAUAUUGAGAAAAUAACACUAUCUCUUCCUUAUUUGACACAUAUUUCUAUUGGAAAAUGUUAUUUACAAUUUGAUGAAUUGGACAUUUUUAUCAAAAAAAUAUCUUCUCAACUACAAAUGUUACGCAUUUCUACAUGUGACGAUGAAACUUAUCUUGAUCCUGAUCGAUGGGAACGAUUGAUUUCGAAAUACAUCCCAUAUUUACGUAAUUUUUAUUUUGAAUAUCAUCAAUUAGUAAAUGAUAAUUUCCAAACGACUUCAUAUAAUGAAUUAAUUCAUCGAUUUACUUCUGAAUUUUGGCGUGAACGUCGAUGGAUUUUCAAACUCGAAAUGAAUGUCAAUUUUUUCUUUCUAACUAAUGUCGUCUAUUCAAUUCAUCCAUACAGAGAAAACUGGGAUGAAAUUCAUAAAGAACAUUGGAAUUCAAAUAUUGCCUUAGAUGUUUUCAAUGGAACAGAAUUGUCUAUCUUCGAAUCUAGUUUCACCGAUUAUAAUGACUCACUUAUUGAUAAUCUAGCCCCGUUAUUUGAUAUUGUUCAAAUAACAAAAUUAGAUUUCACAUUUGAAGCAACAUUUGUUGGUAUGUUACUUGAUCUUCUACGAUAUUUACCAAAUCUAAAUUCAUUACGAGUUCGAUCUUUAUCAUUGACAAAACCACGGUGUUUGCAUGCUGAAGAAGAACGUAUCUCUCGGUUGAUAUCAAUUGAUAAUAAAAUAAGAAAAGUUCAUAUUCAACAGAUGACUGAUUUAGAACAAAUUCAAUUUCUAAUUAAUAUUUGUCCUCUGAUGCAAUAUUUGGAUAUCGGGUUUUCAGAUAAUAUGGAUCUGAAGUUACUUUUAAAAUUUAUUUUAAUGAAAAAUCGUGAACAGAUAUCACAUCUUCGUGUUUUGUGUUUGUGUACUCCAAGAAUCAAUCAGAAAAUGUUUGAAGAUUUACAAAAUCUUGUGAGAAUGAAAAAACAAUAUCAAAAAUAUACAAUUAAACAUAUAAAUAAUCGAAUUUAUAUACAACGAUAA